AUGUUUCUGAAUGAAUUUGAUUAUGAUUGCCAAAUUUCUUCUGGUAUAAAGACAAUUGCAGCCAUCCCUUUGAAACCACAAGGAGUGGUACAAUUUGGGUCCACUAGCAAGAUUAUGGAAACGGCCCAGUUUGUAAACCAAACAAAAACUAUGUUUCAAGAAACUGUCAAUGGUCGUUAUGACUCAAUAGGAGUCACUUGUUCUUCGCCUAGUCUAAUACAGUCAUUUUUUUCGAGCUCCAAUUCUCAACCCAUGUUACUUGAUCAUAAUCAGCCCCAUACUUGGUCAGAGUCAAAUAAUCCUUUUUCUCAAUGUAUUACCGAUGUUAGAAGUUCUACUUUUGCUCCGAUUAAUGAAUCUUUACUAUCUGAAUCGAGAGGUCUAGAAUCAUGGAACUCAUUUACUCCUUCAUCCGACGGUCAGGUGUUUCAUGACUUGUGCCCUGAUUUUGGAAUCCCAGAUGAUUUCGAUAUUUCCCAAUGGACUCCAACCUCACCUGACCUAUAUCAAGACCUUAUUCCCAUAAGUUCUGAUUCAAAGGAAGCAAUAUUGAUGCCGGUUAUCAAUGAAAGUCAAAUUAACUUGAAUCCUCCCAAGUCAAACAAUGAUGUUGGUAAUGAAUCUACAGUCCUUGGUCCGAGUAAUGGGUUGUUUUCAAACCUUGGGAUUGAUGAGCUUUUGGAGGGUAUUUCUAGUACUUCACAUGCUAUUCCUUCAGAAGCUAAAAGAAGGAAAACUGAGAACUCAAUAUGGGCAAUGAGUUCUUUGCAGACCAUUUUGCAUAAAUCAGAGCCAGGUUUGUGGAUAGGUAAUGGUCAUGGUAUGAACCAUCUGAGCAAGGAUUCACCAACUAAGAAGAAAGUGGAACCGCCCAAUGCUACCAAGAAAAAAGCUAAACAGGGGACUCGACCACGGCCUAAAGACCGCCAACAGAUUUUGGACCGCAUGGCUGAGCUGCGGGAAUUGAUCCCCAAUGGUGACAAGAUGAGCAUCGACUGUUUGUUGGAUCGAACCAUCAAGCACAUGCUUUUCUUGCAGAGUGUCACAAAAUAUGCAGACAGAAUUAAACAUGCUGAUGAAUUAAAGGGAAACAAAGACAAGGAUCCAAGCUCCAAUGGUGCAACAUGGGCUUACGAACUUGGGAACCAAACGAUGGUUUGUCCGUUGAUAGUUGAGGACCUUAGUACUCCUGGACAAAUGCUUAUAGAGAUUCUCUGUGAAGAUCAUGGUUUCUUUCUUGAAAUGGUUGACGUAAUUCGAGGCUUUGGUGUCACUAUCUUGAAAGGAGUAUUGGAAGCACGUGAUAAGAUAUGGGGACGCUUUAUAGUCGAAGCUGAGGCAAAGAGACGUGUAACCAGGCAUCAAAUAUUUUCGGCUCUUGUUCAGCUGUUACAAGUGACAUGCGUUGAUGUUACUCAGGCUCAUAGUAAGGUUAUGGAAGAAAGAAAUCAAUUGCUUGACAAUUACCAUCAAUCUCUAGUGCAACUUCCUGUAAACUUGGCAGAGACAAACUAUUGCGUUAAUGUAUGAACAUUAUAAUAAACGUCAUUAAGUUGGGUUUUGAGCUGCAGUAAAGAUUAGAGAACUGAUUAUGCA